AUGGCUACCCCUAGUGUCCUAGCUUUUGACGCUGAGGGUCGCGCCAUUGAUUUUGAGGUCUGGUUAGACGACCUGCAGCUGUUCUUACAGUGCGACAGGGCUGACGACCUUUCUCUCUUUGACCUCACCUCUGGCGCCUCUCUUGCUCCUGCUGCUGAUGCUGAUCCCACUGUCCGCUCUAAGUGGGCCACCCGCGAUGGUGCUGCACGUCUUGCUGUGCGUCGCCACCUCCCUACCUCUGAGCGUGCGCACUUUAGUCAGUACAAGAGUGCUCAGACCUUGUACGACGCUGUAGUUGCGCGCUACUCCUCCCCUGCCACUUCUGCACUGAGCCGUCUCAUGCUUCCCUACCUCUUUCCUGACCGCUCUGCCUUUCCCACUGUCGCUGACCUCAUUACGCACCUCCGCACUAGUGACACUCGCUACCGCGCCGCCCUUCCUGCUGAGUUCUGCGCUAAGAACCCCCCCCCCAUGUACAUCGCUCUCUACUACGUAGUCGCGCGCCUCCCUGACUCCCUUCGCGUCGUCAGGGACCACUUUCUCGCAGUCUGUCCCACCACCCUCACCGUCGACCUCCUCGAGAAGGCCCUCCUCGCAGCGCAGAAGAGCAUAGUCGCUGUAGGUGCUUCUCGUGGUGACCCUCGCACCCCCAUCUUUGAGGGGUGCUCUCCUUCCCCCUUGCUGCCCUCUGUUGCCUCUGCUGCUGAUGCCGACCUGCUUGGUCUUGAGUCGGUCGGCGCGGCGUCUGCCCCUAGUGGGAGACGUCGCUCCAGCAAGGGCAAGGGGGGCAAGGGCGCGGGUGGAGCUGGAGGGGGCGGUGGCGGUGGCGGCGGUGGCGGCGGAGGGAGUGGGGGUGGCGGCGGGACUAGUGGCGGGGGUGGUGGUGGGGGUGGCAGCAGUGGCGGAGACGGUGGUGGUGGUGGCAGCGGUGGUGGUGGAGGCAGCGGCGGAGGUGGAGGCGGCGGAGGUGGAGGCGGUGGAGGCGGCAGCGGAGGAGGCGGUGGUGGUGGAGGAGGUGGAGCUGGUCGGGGUGGUACCCAGCAGCGUAGCGGCGGUGGUGGUGGCCAGCGCUCGCAGCGGCAGCAGCAGCAGCGCUCGCGGGACAUCCCUCCGCCUCAGCAGCUUCGUGAGUGGUACGCUAGGUGUCAGAGGGGUGGGGGUACUGGUCCCUGCACCUACGUUCUUCGUUCUGGCGACCGCGCGGGUGAGCAGUGUGGGGGUGCCCACGCCAUCCAGCGCUGCUUUGGCCGCCUGACGGACGCUUGGCGUCAGCAGUUCCCUGAGGCUAGUGAGAUCCCUCGCUGGGAUGAGCUUCUCAGGGCUGAUGUAGCGAUCUUUGAUCUUGAUUUUGAUGCUAUCCUUGCUGCUAUGUAUGUUGUGGAUUAUAGUGAGGAGAAUGAGGGUUACCGUUGUUUCCAGCCCGACCCGGGCAUUGGUACUGCUGCGCUAGGUGCUUGUGAGGCUGCUGCUCUAGGUGCCAGUGCGUCUGUGCUCUUAGGUACUGGUGAGACUGCGCUCUCAGGUACUACGUCGUCCUCGUCCUCCCUCACUUUCACACUUGACUCCGGAGCCUCUCGCUCCUUCUUUCGAGACCGCACUACCCUUACGCCGCUCGGCCGGCCGGUUGCGGUCUCCCUUGCUGACCCCUCUGGGGGUCCUGUCCUGUCUCACUUCUCCACUGUCCUCCCGUGUCCGGCUGCCCCUUCGGGCACCCUGUCGGGUCUGUACCUUCCCUCGUUCUCUACGAACUUGGUGAGUGGAGCGGACCUGCAGGAUGUGGGGGUUCACCAGUUCACUCCUGCGAGUCAGCGGGUGACCCACUGCACGGAGGCACGCACAGGCCGACACCUGGCCACGUUCUCGCGUCGGCCGGGGUCGAGUCUCUACACCCUGACCGUUGAGUCUCCUCCUGUCCCUGUGUCUGGUCAGGUGGCUGCGUCGGGUCGGGUGCUUGCUGCUGCGUCCCGGUCAGGUCCUGAGUCUGCCCCCUGUUCUUGUCGCCUCCUGUCUCACGAGACUCUCCUGUGGCACCACCGUCUUGGCCACCCCUCCUUGCCCCGUCUUCGGAGCAUGGCUUCCCGUGUCCUUGUCUCUGGUCUUCCCCAGUCUCUCCCUCCUCUCCCCUCCGGGCCAGGACCUUCCCGUGUCCCCUGUGUCGAGGGUCGCCUCCGGGCUACUCCUCACUCCUCCCACUUCCCCCCGACAGAGGCUCCCCUGCAGACGCUUCACAUGGAUGUGUGGGGCCCAGCCCCCGUCCGUGGGCAGGGUUACGAGCGCUACUUCCUGUUGGUGGUUGACGACUACUCGCGUUACACCACAGUCCUCCCCUUGCGCAGCAAGGGUGCGGUCACUGAGGUGCUGAUCGACUGGAUCCGCGAGGCUCGUCUCCAGCUCAGGAAGAGCUUCGGCUCGGACUUUCCUGUUCUGCGUCUGCACUCUGACAGAGGCGGAGAGUUCUCUUCUCGCCUUCUGCGGGACUACUGUCGUGCACGGGCGAUCCGCCAGACCUUCACGCUUCCGGACUCACCACAGCAAAAUGGGAUUGCUGAGCGCCGCAUUGGCAUGGUCAUGGAUGUCGCUCGUACGUCCAUGAUGCAUGCGGCUGCCCCCCAUUUUCUGUGGCCGUUUGCGGUGAGGUACGCGGCGCAUCAGCUCAACCUUCACCCCCGGGUCUCUCGGCCUGCGAUGUCCCCAGCCUUGGUGUGGACGGGGAAGGUUGGCGAUGCGUCUGUGUUCCGUGUCUGGGGAUCUCGGGCGUUUGUCCGCGACUUGUCUGCGGACAAGCUGUCCCCUCGUGCUGCUCCCUGUGUCUUCCUUGGCUUCCCCACUGACGCCCCAGGGUGGGAGUUUUACCACCCCUCCUCUCGUCGUGUUCUGUCCUCCCAGGACGUCACGUUCGACGAGUCCGUCCCCUUCUACCGUCUCUUCCCCUACCGCACUCCUUCCCUCCCCCCUCCCCCAGACUUCCUUGUGCCGGUUCCCCCCCCGGUAGACCCCCUCCCCCCUCAGGUUCCUGCCCCCUCAGGUGUGUCCCAGGUAGACGCCGUUGACCCGGUCGAGGUUACUGGUGACUCUGGUGCUGCUGCGGGUGCUGAGCCUGGGGGUGCUGGGCCUGAGGGUGCUACUGCGGAGGGUGCGGAGCCUGGGGGUGCUGAGCCGGGGGGUACUGUGCCUGGAGGUGCUGGGUCGGGGGGUGCUGGGUCGGGAGCUGCUGAGCCUGGGGGUGUUGAGCUGGGAGCUGCUGAGCCUGGGGGUGCUGCAUCUGGAGCUGCUGAGCCUGGGGUUUCUCCUGCUGCUGCGUCUCGCCGGGAGCCCCUCUCUCCACAGGAGCUGCGCGAGUGGUUCGCUCGCCGCUGGAGGCGUGCUGCUGAGUCUGGAGGUGCUGCUGGAGCUGGAGCUGGAGCUUCUCUGACCGUCGAGGGUGCGGGUGCUGCCGGUCCCGGGGCUGCUGGACCUGCGGGUCCUUCUGGAGCUGGAGCUGCUGAGGGCGUUGGUGCUGAGCCUACUGCUGUUGGUCCUGCCGCUGGAGGUGUGGGUGGCGCAGGUGCUGUCUCUGAGGGUGCUAGUGCUGUCCCUGCUAAGUCUGGAGCUGCCGCGCGGCCUCGGCCGUACUUCGUUCCGCUCCUGCAGCAGGUUCUUGGUCUUUCUCCUCCAGUAGAGGGUCCACCGCCUGUCCAGUCGCAGUCCCUGCUGGAGCCUACCUCCCCACUGCCUGCUCCCUCCCCUUACACCGGUCCUACUGGAGGUCUUGCUGAGCGUCGUGAGCCUGCGUCUCGUCCCGCGUCGCCUGUUCGUGCUGCUCGCGCUAGUGGUCGCAGUUCGCGUCAGCGUCCUCCUCCUGUCCCUGGCACGCAGCGGAUGUCUUUGCGUCCGUCCACUGCUCCUCUACGUGCUCCUUUGCCUUCUCUUCCUGAGUCCUCUCUUCCUGCGCUUGCCGACCCUGAGUCGGACUCUCUUCGUGCUGCCAGUCCUACUGUCACGCGUCUGCUUGCUACUGUCGUCACUGACCCCUCUUUUGAGUCCACUGCUGCGUCUGCUCUAGUCGCUGAGCUCGUCGACUUUGCUGCUCGCUGUCGUCUCGACUACGCUGCUAGUCUUGUUGCUGAGUCUGCGUCUGUCUGUCCUCCGUCCGUCGGGGGUGAGUGUGCUCUUGGCACGGACGUCCUAGAGGACAGGCAGGAGGAGUUACAGUGUCUAGCGGCUGCUUCACCUCAUCUCGCGUCUGUACUGCUUGCCCCUGAGGGAGACCCGGAUGCACUUGACAUCCCGACUCCGCGUUCUUACGCGGAGGCCUCCACAGGCACCUACGUUGACGCGGUUCCCCCUCCUGAGGCGAACAUCGUCAGUGGCAUGUGGAUCUUCAGGGUGAAGCGGCCGCCGGGCUCUCCACCCGUCUUCAAGGCACGGUACGUUGCUCGUGGCUUCAGUCAGCGGCAGGGAGUUGACAACUUUCAGACCUUCUCUCCCACCCCGAAGAUGACUACUCUUUGGGUGCUGCUGCACAUAGCCGCUCAGCGCGACUACGAGCUUCACUCUCUUGACUUCAGCACUGCGUUCUUGCAGGGUAGUCUGCACGAGGAGAUCUGGCUUCGCCGUCCACCUGGCUUCACUGGGACUUUCCCUCCUGGCACCCAGUGGAGCCUUCGACGACCAGUCUACGGUCUCCGCCAGGCACCGCGUGAGUGGCACGACACACUGAGGACUACGCUUGCGGCUCUUGGGUUUGCUCCUUCUACUGCUGACCCGUCGCUGUUUCUUCGCACCGACACUUCCCUGCCGCCGUUCUACAUCCUCGUGUACGUCGACGACUUGGUCUUUGCCACAGCGGACACUGCUGGACUCGCCUACGUGAAGUCCGAGCUGCUGAAGAGACACACGUGCACAGACCUGGGUGAACUGCGCAGCUACCUUGGCUUGCAGAUCACCCGAGACAGAGCACGCCGCACCAUUACCUUGACUCAGUCACACAUGGUGCAGCAGGUCCUUCAGCGCUUCGGCUUCACGUACUCCUCGCCUCAGGCCACUCCUCUGCCUACUCGCCAGUCACUCUCAGCUCUGCCUUCGGAUGAGUCCGUAGAGUCGAGUGGUCCGUAUGCAGAGCUUGUUGGCUGCCUCAUGUACCUGAUGACCUGCACACGACCUGACCUUGCAUACCCUCUGAGCAUUCUUGCACGCUAUGUUGCUCCUGGGAGACACAGACCGGAGCACAUGGCUGCAGCGAAGAGGGUGUUGCGCUACCUCUGCAGUACGUCGGGCAUGGGGCUAGUGCUUGGAGGGCGGAGUCCAGUGGUCCUUACCGGCCACGCGGACGCUUCUUGGGCUGACGACCAGGCUACGCAGCGGUCGUCACAGGGUUACACCUUCAGCCUUGGUUCCGGCUCUGUCUCGUGGCGGUCUACUCGCUCGUCUUCGGUUCUCGGCUCCAGUUGUGAGGCUGAGAUCUACGCCGGGGCCAUGGCUGCACAGGAGCUUCGCUGGCUCACCUACCUGCUGACUGACCUUGGAGAGCCGCCUCGUUCUCCUCCAGUGCUGUACGUAGACAACAAGGCCAUGCUGGCCUUGUGUCGAGAGCAGCGCUUGGAGCACAGAACGAAGCACAUUGCUCUCCGCUACUUCCUUGCUCGUGAGCUGCAGCAGCGUGGUCAGUUGCGACUUGCGUACGUGGCCUUUGAGGCCAACACUGCUGAUGUGUUCACCAAGGCACUCGCGCCUUGUGACCAUCAGCGCUUUUGCACCCAGCUGGGUCUUGUACCUGUCUUGCCUCACUUGCUCUCCUCUUGA